UCAGUGCAAAAUAAGUACUGAAGAAAACACAACAUGGUGCAAGAGCAUCGGUCAGGACACUUGAGCAUCAAUUCUACUCGAUGGUGACAUAUUGACAAACAAGCGAAAAGUAGUCACUUUUUAUCAUCUCAAAACGAGUGAUUAGCAUUUAUUCUGUUUUAUGUUAAGCAGUGGCAAUUGAGUUUUCGCGUUUGUGGUUAUCGAAAAAACUUGAAUGAAAUUAUUCUGAAUGUGAGCCAGACAAUUCAAUCGCAUUUCUACUUCUAGUCUAGGCAGUGCUGAGUUUCGUCGGGAUCACUGCAAAGAAGAACAAACUAUUUUUACCUUUCAUCGGAGAUUUUUCUCACACCAUUUAGCAGAUCAUUAGAAGGAAGUGAAUUUGUCGGGAACGAACCGCUUCUCUAAUUUUAGCAAUCCACUGUGAAUGCAAGUUUGGUGUUCUUCCCGAGCUGAUUAGUGAAAGUAAGUCCCAAAAAAAAGACAGGAAAGUUUUGGUUCAAUAAUCUGAAAAGCAAGAGAACGGCACUGCGCUUACGCGAAGGUCAACUUUGGAAAAUGGAAUCUGACGUUCCCUAACAGGCGAUGGGACAAGUGUUCGCGGAGUUCCAAGAACCAUAUCCGACCAAAAAUCGAUGUACGACAACCGUAGAAAAAAUCGAACCGAAACAGGAAGCAUCCAUUAUUUCGCUGGAAAGUGUGAAACGCUAGAAGGGAUCAAUUUUGGUGAUUUAUGUGUUGCUAUGCCCAUUGAGUCCGUCGUUAAAGAGUGUGUAGCUCGUUGCAUCCAACAGUGGCGACGAGAGGGUUGUGCGUUGAUUGAAUAAUGAAAUAGGUAAAGGCUGUGGACCGCCGUAGAAGCAAGUGUAGAUCAAAACAGAAUACACAUAUCUACCUUCUCUACGCACAUAUCGUGGUUUGUACUUCUUAGGAAGGAAAAGAUAUACAUACUAGUUACUCUCUGUACAACUCGGUGACUUAAAAUUGGUGUCGUUUUCGGUGCAACAGUAGACAACAGAAAAGAUAGCUCCAAUGAAAAAAGUAAUGAUACCUUCGUUGGAUAUGAAAAAGAGUGUUUCGGUCAAAGUAGAUAGUGAUCUGACAUUGCUACUAUCCAGUGGAGUGUACGAAAUCAAAAAAAUGGAGCCCCGCAGGCGGCUCCGUCCAAUUGUGAUAAUCUGCUUGUUUCUCACCAUUGCCGGUAUCAUCGGGUUUGGAUACUUUUGCCCGGAUCAGGUGUGUGCCCUCUCCCGGCGGGAAGUGAUAAGCAGUCAGGAACUAAUUACCGGCUUCGAACAUGACAAUCUAGGCAAACCGGUGCAGCAAAAUUUGCUUGCCAAUCCGGGACUCAGCUACGAGGAGGUCCUCAACGAUGACUUCCAGUUCGAUAUGAAUGCCCAUGACGUGAUGGUAUUUUUACAUAUCCAAAAGACCGGUGGAACUUCAUUCGGAAAGCAUUUGGUGCGAGAUCUGGACUUGAAGCGGCCGUGCACAUGUCAGCGAAAGAAGAAACGGUGCUACUGCUUUCGACCGCAUCGCAACGAGAAUUGGCUAUUUUCGCGAUAUUCAACUGGCUGGAAGUGUGGCCUGCAUGCUGACUGGACCGAACUGACCGGAUGUGUGGACUCCGAGCUGGACAAGAACGAAGGUGAAACGGCCAAACGGCGGUACUUCUACAUCACCUUGCUGCGGGAACCGAUCGCCCGGUAUCUGUCCGAGUUUCGGCACGUUCAACGUGGUGCGACCUGGAAGAACUCCCGGCACUGGUGUCUGGGACGUACGGCUACACCGGAAGAGCUGCCACCGUGCUACAAUGGUGAAAACUGGAACGGAGUGCUGCUGGACGAAUUCGCCGGCUGUGAGAGCAAUCUCGCAGCCAACCGCCAGACCCGGAUGCUGGCCGAUCUGGCGCUGGUUGGCUGCUACAACAAAACCUACAUGCCAUCGGCGGAGCGCGACCGCAUCAUGCUGGCCAGUGCCAAGCGCAAUCUCGCUGCCAUGUCCUACUUCGGUCUAACCGAGCACCAAAAAAUCUCCCAGUACAUCUUUGAGGAAACUUUCAAUUUGCGCUUCGCGAUACCGUUCGAGCAGCACAACAACACAGUGUCGACGAGCACCAUGAACAGUUUAACGUCCGACCAGCGGGCCAACAUUGAUAAGCUAAAUGCACUCGACAUCGAGCUGUAUGCAUUCGCGAAGAAAUUAAUGUUCCAAAGAUUCGAAAGACUUAAAGCCAAAGAUAAUGAUUUUAAUGUAAGAUUCGCGCAUUUAGGUAACCUAGGAAUAAAGAACGGCGUUACCGAGUUCAACUGGGACAGCAACAUUGAUGAGGCACCCAGCAGUGAACAUCACUGAUACACAGGGGUCAGGACUCGUUCCGAAGCGACAGUCCCGCACAAUCCUUCGUACAACAAAAACCUGAUGAUGAUUCCGAAAUCGUUGCCAUCUCGACGUCCCCCGAGACGUCCCGCAUCGCCGUCAUCGCCAUCGUCGUCAUUUACUAUUAAUAGGAACACUUCUCCCCGCGUCAUCGAUGUACCCGCCGAAAGUCGCCUGCCGGCAUCCGUGGGCGCAACCUCAUUAUCCUACAACAACACCAAACAACUAUUCGCUUCCACUAGUCCGAUUGAACGGAAGCUUCACCGACGGCCGCAGGAUCACGGGGGACGGCCAUUCAAACUCACCAAGCAACAGAUUACAAUGCAAACGCUGCGUGAUAGCCCCCCGCAGAGGAAACGGAAGAUGAACGGCAGCACCGACUCUGACGGCAGCAGCAACCAGUGAUGCUGAAUAGUCAUUUAGAGGCAGCUCCUGCUCCGAGAGUGUUGUUUGCAUACUGAUUUUAGCAUUUUUAGUACUGACGCAGAAUGUGAAUAUUUUAUCUAAUAACACAAAAACAAACAACAAUUGUUUCAUAGUAGUCUUAACAAGUAAGGAUAAACCUAAUAAUACACCCAGUCGAAAGUGUAUAAAAACGA